AUGAGAGCACAAUCACUGCCAACUUUGAUACUGGAAUUCCAGGCAAGUAGACAAAAUGGCCAUCUUCAACUGUAAGAUUGUGUGCUUGCUGCUGCUCGGAAUAGGCCUGGCAAAGGCUGCUCCCGCUCACCGUCUGUCUGACUUUGGCCUGCACGACGAGGAUGAGGACAGUUUCAUGGCUGACGUUGCCAAUGCAGAUGAAAUUUACGAUGCAGCAGAGGACGAAGCCCUGAUGGACAGUCGACUUAUGGAGUUUGAUGUCGACUCCACCGUGGCGGAGGCUGGCCGACGAGGCCCCGAUCCAAGCUUCUGGAAUACGAUCAAGAAGGUAGCCAUUGGUGCUGGAAAGUCUGCCGCUAAGUCUCUGGCCCAGUCGGGCCUACAAGCUUUGCAGGCGCAUAACAAGCGUGCUGGUGACGAUGAUGUACUGUUCGACAAGAUUGCAGCUGUAGCGAAUGACGAGUUCCAGGCUAUGGGAAAGCGUAUGGUCAAGGAUUCUCUGCAGCUAGCCCUGAGAGAGGCGGAUGCUUACGGAAACCCAGGCUUCUUCUCAGCGAUCAAGAACGGAGCGUCGCGUGUCUGGAACACAGUCAAGCCCAUUGCUAAGGAGAUUGGACGCAAGGUGGCAGGAGUGGUUGCCAGCCAUCUGAACAGCUAUGCUCAUGGUCGACGUAGCCCAGAGGGUAUGGAGCAGCUUGCUCGCGACGUGUCGGCUGCUGUAAGACGCGCAGCACUUUCCCUUGCUCAGUCAGCAACCGAAACUAUCCAGGACACCAUGCGCAGCAGCAACGCCGUCCACCCAUUCUCCAUGUUAUAUGCUGUGCCUCCUUUCCGCCCACCGCCAGUCUCAAUGCUAUAUGCCACGAACCCAUAAGCCUCUACUAUUGAUGGCGAUGCUGGUGCAACUCUUUACUCCAUGGUUUUGCGAGAAUCAGUCUUUUUCGGUACGAACAAGCCAAUGUUGACCUGGUUUCGACCGAUUCUGUUCAGUUUGUCUCAUUUUCUUUGUCCACUCUAACCACUUCCGGACCCUGUACAUGUACUCAAUUGCACGUCACUCUAUUUCCUAUACACUAAGCCCUUGCGCUAUGAUAUACGUCGCAUCUGAUACCCCUCAGAAUUUCCCGCCUUGCUCCCCUUA